AUGUCUCCAAUCUCUCAAAACCUAGCUGGAAAAGUCGCCCUCGUGACUGGGUCGAGUCGGGGCAUUGGGGCGGCAACCGCUUUGCGCCUGGCUCAACAUGGCGCUGACGUUGCCGUGAACUAUAUCAACUCUGCAGCGGCGGCAGAGAGCGUUGCCGAGAAAAUCAGAUCAUUUGGCGUCAGAGCCAUUACCCUCAAGGCGGAUGUCUCUAAGGAGACCGAUAUCAAGUCGAUUUUCGAGAAAGUCAUGGAGGAGUUUGGACGCUUGGAUAUUGUCAUGAGCAACUCCGGUAUUGAGCACUUCGGUAGUGUUCCUACCGUCACUGAAGCUGAAAUCGAUAACAUCCUACGAGUGAAUGUCAAGGGACAAUUUUUUGUCACCCAACAAGCUUACAAGCAUCUGGCCGAUAACGGUCGCUUAAUCUUGAUGUCUUCCAUCUCCGCUUUCAAGGGUGUGCCCGAACAUGCAAUUUAUGCAGCUUCUAAGGCCGCAAUCCACGGCAUGAUCAAGUGUCUUGCAUACGAUUUCGGUCCUCGUGGGAUCACUGUUAAUGCUAUUGCACCAGGGGGAAUCAAGACCGACAUGUAUAAGGAGGCAGCAGCCAAAUAUCUCCCCGGAGGUGAAAAUAUGUCAGAAGCUGAAAUUGACGAAAAAAUGUCUCAAUGGUCUCCACUUGGCAGACCUGGGUUCCCAAAUGAUGUGUCCGGGGUGGUAGCGUUGUUGGCAAGUCCCGAGGCCCAGUGGCUCACUGGCCAAAUUCUCCAUGUUUCCGGUGGCGCUCAAAUGAGUUAA